AUGGCUAAAAGUAUGGCCGUUAAAGAAGGAAAGUUUCAAGUUAUAGUUUCACCUGUCGAGAUGCUGUCUCGGAAUGAAGAAGACAACGCAUGUGGAAACGAGCUAGGCAAAGAGGCUAAAGAAGACAUGUGCGACUCGAGGUUGGAUUGCAUUUAUGAUGAUGGCCCGUUGGGGUUCGAAAAACCUUUAGUGGACGCCACGAAAAUGGAGGCUCAGGACCCUUUGGAGGAAGUAGAUUUGGGAGAUGGCUCAAAGAAAAUGCCAACCUAUAUAAGUUCCUUGAUCGACCCGGAGCUUAAAGGCAGGAUGAUCGAGUUGUUAAAAGAAUUCAGAGAUUGUUUUGCCUGGGACUACGAUGAGAUGCCCGGUUUGAGUCGAAACUUGGUGGAAUUACAACUGCCAAUCAAAGAGGACAGAAAACCAGUAAAGCAGCUGCCCAGGAGAUUCCACCCAGACGUUCUAGUAAAGAUCAAGGAAGAGAUCGAGAGAUUGCUGCGGUGCAAGUUUAUCAGAGCGGCCAAAUAUGUUGAAUGGCUAGCCAAUGUAGUCCCAGUAAUCAAGAAGAAUGGUAAGAUGAGGGUCUGCAUAGACUUUCGAGAUCUGAAUGCUGCCACACCCAAGGAUGAGUAUCACAUGCCCAUAGCUGAAAUGAUGGUUUACAUUGAUGGCAUAGUGGUCAAGUCCCCCUCUAGGGAUGAACACUUGUCACACUUAAGGAAGUCAUUCGAAAGAAUGAGGAUACAUGGCCUAAAAAUGAACCCUCUUAAAUGUGCAUUUGGUGUAAUUGCAGGUGACUUUUUGGGUUUUGUGGUACACAAGAAAGACAUCGAAAUCAACAAGAACAAGGCCAAAGCCAUUCUUGACACAAGUCCGCCAACUAGCAAGAAGCAGCUGCAGUCGCUUUUGGGCAAAGUCAAUUUCCUCAGAAGGUUUAUUGCUAACCUUAGUGAUAAAACUAAGCCGUUCUCAUCCCUUCUUCGACUGAAGAGAGAAGACACUUUUCGCUGGGAAGCAGAGCACCAAAAAGCAUUUGAUGAGUUAAAAACCUAUUUGGCAAACCCUCCUGUGAUGAUUCCUCCCAUAAAAGGGAAGCCAAUGAGGUUAUAUAUCUCAGCUACAGAUGAAACCAUUGGCAGCUUGUUGGCACAAGAAGACGAAGAUGGCAUCGAAAGAGCCAUAUUUUAUUUAAGUCGUGUGUUAAACGAUGCUGAAACUCGAUACACCAUGAUCGAGAAGCUGUCAUUAACCGAAUAUUCACUUACUUAUGCCCCUUUAAAGGCAAUUAAGGGGCAAGCAGUAGCUGAUUUCCUGGCAGAUCACACUUUGCCUGAAGAGAUAGCUUAUGUAGGAUUACAACCAUGGAAGUUGUUUUUCGACGGCUCAAGCCAUAGGGAAGGAUCAGGAAUUGGUAUGUUGAUAGUGUCUCCGCAAGGCAUCCCAACUAAGUUCAUGUUUCGGAUGCGGGAAAGCUGCUCCAAUAACGAAGCUGAAUAUGAGGCUUUAGUCUCAGGCCUCGAAGUAUUGUUGGCCUUGGGAGCAAAGAACGUCGAAAUUAAAGGUGAUUCGGAAUUGGUUGUGAAGCAACUCACUAAGGAAUAUAAGUGCGUAAGUGAGAAUUUGGCGAAAUACUACGUAAAGGCCAUGAGUUUACUGGCCAAUUUCGACCAAGCAGGAAUUAGCUACAUACCUAGGCUAAGCAAUCAAGAAGCUAAUGAGUUAGCACAAAUCGCUUCUGGGUACAUGAUAGAUAAAUUAAAAUUGCAAGAGUUAAUUAGGAUUAAGGAAAAAUUUAGUCCUCUGGAUCUCGACGUUAUGGCCUUCGAUAACCUUACCCCUAAUGAUUGGAGAAAUCCAAUAGACGAAUACUUGCAGAAUCCUGUAGGGUCAACCGACAGGAAAGUCAAGUAUAGGGCUCUAAUUUAUACCAUCAUAGGUAAUGAAUUGUUCAAAAAGAAUGUCGACGGCACGUUGUUGAAAUGCUUGAACGAGGACGACGCUUUCAUAGCUGUAUCAGCCGCUCACGACGGCCUAUGCGGCGCUCACCAAGCAGGGGCAAAGAUGAAAUGGAUGCUAUUUAGGCAAGGGAUGUAUUGGCCAACUAUCAUGAAGGAUUGCAUCGAAUAUGCAAGAGGCUAUCAAGAUUGUCAGAAACACUCAGGAAUCCAACACGUGUCAGCCAGCGAAUUACAUUCUAUUAUCAAGCCAUGA